UGCCCAAAAAGCCGACCUUUUAGGGACCCCUCCACUACUUUCUUCUUCUUCCCAAACUUUUCAUGGAUUCUUCUUCUGCAAUUCAACUUCCCAAAUGAUCAAAAUAAUUGUUCUAAAAUCUCUUAAGCACACAUCACUGCUUGAUGAAACAAGUUCGUUGUCUGUUUUAGUUACUGAGUUGAUUUGAUUGAUACUCCCUCUUCUUCUAGUUUAAUAAACCGACCAAAAAAAAUCAAACCUUUUGCAUAUUUCUCUGUUUUAUUUUCUUGAUUCUCUGCAAAUUUUUAAGCGAAAGUUUCCAUCUUUAGUCUCUGGGUCGUGAUCUUUUGAGCUAAUCUAAGCUAAAGCAGAGACGAGAAAGCCAUGGGAAAUUGCUUAGCCAAGAAAUACGGAGUGGUGAUGAAACCACAACAAAAUGGUGAGAUCGAGAACAGAGGAAGGAGUAACCACCAAGAUCCGCCUGAGAAACCCACCGGAACGAAUCAACCUCCGCCGUGGCGUAAUCCGCCGAAGAAACACAGUGGUGGUAGUGGUGCUUCUAUACUCGAGAAACCGUACGAAGACGUGAAACUGUUGUACACGCUGAGCAGAGAACUGGGUCGAGGCCAAUUCGGAGUAACGUAUCUGUGCACAGAGAAGUCGACGGGGAAGAGAUUCGCUUGCAAGUCGAUUUCGAAGAAGAAACUGGUGACCAAAGCUGACAAAGAGGAUAUGAGGAGAGAGAUUCAGAUCAUGCAGCACUUGAGUGGACAGCCUAACAUUGUUGAGUUCAAAGGAGCUUAUGAAGACGAGAAAGCUGUGAAUUUGGUGAUGGAGCUUUGUGCUGGUGGCGAAUUGUUCGAUCGGAUUCUAGCAAAAGGACAUUACAGUGAGAGAGCAGCUGCUUCUGUUUGUAGACAGAUUGUGAAUGUUGUCAACAUUUGUCACUUCAUGGGUGUGAUGCAUAGAGACUUAAAGCCUGAGAAUUUCUUGUUAUCUAGCAAAGAUGAGAAGGCCCUUAUCAAAGCCACUGAUUUUGGAUUAUCAGUCUUUAUUGAAGAAGGGAGAGUGUAUAAAGAUAUAGUUGGUAGUGCAUAUUACGUCGCUCCUGAAGUUUUGAAGCGUAGAUACGGUAAAGAAAUCGAUAUAUGGAGUGCUGGGAUUAUACUCUACAUUCUACUUAGCGGCGUACCUCCAUUUUGGGCUGAAACGGAGAAAGGGAUAUUUGAUGCUAUAUUGGAAGGUGAAAUCGACUUUGAUACCCAACCUUGGCCUUCAAUUUCCAGUAGUGCUAAGGAUUUGGUACGUAAAAUGUUGACUCAGGAUCCAAAAAGACGGAUUUCUGCUGCUGAAGUUCUUGAGCAUCCAUGGCUAAGAGAAGGUGGAGAAGCAUCGGAUAAACCUAUUGAUAGUGCUGUUCUCUCAAGGAUGAAACAAUUUAGAGUGAUGAAUAAACUAAAGAAACUUGCUUUAAAGGUGAUUGCGGAGAAUAUUGACACGGAAGAAAUACAAGGCUUGAAGGCGAUGUUUGCUAAUAUAGAUACAGACAAUAGUGGUACAAUCACAUAUGAAGAAUUGAAAGAAGGAUUAGCCAAGUUGGGAUCAAAACUCACUGAGGCCGAAGUGAAACAGCUCAUGGAUGCUGCUGAUGUUGAUGGAAACGGGUCGAUAGAUUACAUUGAGUUUAUUACCGCAACGAUGCAUAGACAUAGGCUUGAAAGUAAUGAAAACCUCUACAAAGCCUUCCAACAUUUUGACAAAGAUGGGAGUGGAUACAUUACGAUAGACGAGCUAGAGGCUGCUUUGAAGGAAUAUGGAAUAGGAGAUGAUGCUACAAUCAAAGAGAUUUUGUCUGAUGUCGACUCCGAUAAUGACGGUAAAAUCAACUAUGAAGAGUUUUGUGCUAUGAUGCGAAGUGGGAAUCCACAACAACCAAGACUGUUCUAAUGCAUUUUAUUUGUUUUCUAUGUCGGAAUCUAAGCCAAAAAGACAAAGAGUUGUAUUAUUGUUGUUCAGGCAAAUUUAGGGAGGCCUUUUCGUUGGAAAAAUAAGAUUGGUUUCAUUUCUUUUAAGGUUUUGUUUUCGUACUGUUAAACUGGUUAUCUCAUUUGUUUUUUAAAAGUACUGUAUAUAUAACAAAGGAAUAUAACACAA